UAAUUUCCCCUUUAAAAAGGGAUUGGGUGAAGGGCUGCUGAGAAGAGGGUGUGACCUGAAUGUCAUUCAUUAGCCCAGGACGCUGGGUUGUUCUUCAAAGAAUCUGUUCACAGAACUGAGUCGAAAGGACGAGAGAAGAUCUGAGAGCUGGGUUUCUUGGAAAGGGAAGUCCAGAAGCCCACAAGAGGCCCUGCAUGGUCCAGCUUCUGUGUAAGACUUGGCUGCAGUAAGGUAGAGAAAAAGAGCUCGAAAUAGGAAAGUUUUCCAGUAAGUAUACAGAGUUUCCUGCAUCUUCCCUCUCCUGUCUCCUGUAGGAAAGCUGUGUGGGGAAUCCAAACCAUUUGAAAGAUGACAGCCAAGCAGACAGAGCCAGUCACUGUCAUUAGCCUUCGGGAGCUGAACCUAGGGACCUCAGAGCCACAGCCGAGAGAGUCAAAGACGUUCACUGUGGAAGAAGCUGUGGAGACCAUCGGAUUCGGACGCUUCCACGUUGCCCUGUUUCUGAUCAUGGGCAGCACGGGGGUUGCCGAGGCCAUGGAGAUCAUGUUAAUAGCGGUUGUGUCUCCUGUCAUCCGCUGUGAAUGGCAGCUGGAGAACUGGCAGGUGGCAUUAGUGACCACGAUGGUGUUUUUUGGCUACAUGGUAUUCAGCAUCCUCUUUGGCCUCUUGGCUGACAGAUAUGGCCGCUGGAAGAUUUUGUUCAUCUCGUUCCUGUGGGGAGCUUACUUCUCCUUGCUGACUUCAUUCUCUCCAUCGUACAUCUGGUUUGUCUUCCUGCGGACCAUGGUGGGCUGUGGCGUGUCUGGCCAUUCACAAGGGCUAAUCAUAAAGACUGAAUUCUUGCCUACAAAAUAUCGAGGCUACAUGCUCCCCUUGUCUCAGGUUUUCUGGUUGGCUGGCUCCCUGCUCAUCAUUGGCCUGGCCUCUGUGGUCGUCCCCACCAUCGGGUGGCGCUGGCUUAUCCGCAUUGCCUCCAUCCCUGGCAUUAUCCUCAUCAUGGCCUUCAAGUUUAUUCCUGAAUCUGCUCGGUUCAAUGUCUCCACUGGGAACACUCCGGCUGCCCUGGCUACGCUGGAACGCAUUGCCAAGAUGAACCGCUCAGUCAUGCCAGAGGGGAAGCUGGUGGAGCCCAUCCUGGAAAAGAGAGGAAGAUUUGCAGACCUAUUGGAUGCUAAAUAUUUACGGACCACGUUACAGAUCUGGGUCAUAUGGCUGGGCAUCUCUUUCGCCUACUACGGGGUCAUCCUGGCCAGCGCCGAGCUGCUGGAGCGGGACCUAGUCUGUGGCUCGCGGUCCGAGUCCGAGGUGGCCGUGACCGUGGGGGCCUUGGAGGAGAGCCAGAGCCCCUGUUACUGCCACAUGUUCGCCCCCUCCGACUACAGGACCAUGAUUAUCAGCACCGUUGGCGAAAUUGCUCUGAAUCCUUUAAACAUCCUGGGCAUUAAUUUCCUGGGGAGACGGCUGAGCCUUUCUAUUACCAUGGGAUGUACAGCUUUAUUCUUCCUGCUCCUCAAUAUUUGCACCUCAAGUGCCGGCCUCAUCGGCUUCCUCUUCAUGCUGAGGGCUCUGGUGGCAGCUAACUUCAACACCAUCUACAUUUACACCGCUGAGGUCUACCCCACGAUGAUGCGUGCUUUGGGGAUGGGGACCAGCGGCUCCCUCUGUCGCAUUGGAGCAAUGGUGGCACCAUUUAUAUCCCAGGUUCUUAUGAGUGCAUCGUUCCUGGGGGCCCUGUGUCUCUUCUCGUCUGUCUGUGUGGUGUGUGCCAUUUCUGCAUUUACUCUCCCCAUUGAGACUAAAGGACGGGCCCUACAGCAAAUUAAAUGAAGAUCUGCAAAUCUAUGUCUACCAAAGAAGAAAAAUAUAUUUUUAUCUUCACAAAGAGCUGUGGCACAUUUAAAAACACCUGGUUUAAUUUUGGUACACUACUUGGUAGUUAAGAAAUUGAUCAUGUAUUUUUGAAAAACAACAAACAUGAGGAUGAAAUAAGUUAGUUGUAUAUAUAGUCUCUUAGGGAAGAGAUCAAUAGAGAAGUUUCAUAAAAUAUACAUUAAGGUUGGUGAGGGAUAUCUAGGAGAGAUGGGGAGGGAGAAGCCGGCUUUCAUUGCUUGGCAUCAAGUCUGUUCAUGUUUCUAUGAAUAAGUAAUAAGUAUCAGACAAAACCUAUACUUGAUAUUCUCCCAUGAGGUAUACAGCAAAAGCUGUAUUGAAAUUUUGUAGCUAGGACAUGAGUUUGAGGUGGUAUCAUUAAGCCUUUCAAAACAAAUAGAAGUCAUCAAAUUCACAAUUAAAAUUAGCAUACUUAAAUUGUGACCUCCAUACUUGAUAAUGAAAAUUACUUAUUCAUAAAAGAAUGUGCUUAAAUUCAUUGCAGUCUUAUGUAUAUAAUAACCAAGUAGCUGGGAAUAAACUUUUCCCCAGACAUUCUA